CAAUCAAACGAGCCAUAAUUGCUUGUUUUCGAAUAUGAUGAUUUUGAGAGCGUAGGAUUUUACUAAUGGAUCCGUGACCUUAUUUCUUUCAUCGUGUCAUCAUCAUUGCCCAGGAUGCAACUCAAUGGACGGCGAGGUGACUUUUUUUUUAUUUCAAAGUUUCAAAGCGUUCGAUCGAAGUGUUUGUUGCAUAGUGUUAUUAUGAUGCAUACCGGCAAAUCGGAGGAAAGGUUUUAUAGUGAUGAAAUCGCGUGCAUGCUAAUAGUGGGAAGCUGUAACGAAACCCAUGGUGGUAACAAUUUUACCCGGCCGGACGGUACUGUCGAUUGGGAUAUCGUAGAGAAGUUCUUUGCAAAUGAUUUGGUUUCCCACGACAAGCCUUUGACCUACGAACACUGCAGCCGCCUGACACCCAAGUUCCGUACCUUCCUGAAGCAAUGCCCAACCGUUCAAUACCAACCUGAGAAGCUAGCGUGGACAAAUCGAUCAGAUAUGAUAGCCUUGUCACAGCAAGCAUCAAAUUCAACCGCCACACUGAUACUUUCAUCCGUCCUCGAGUAUUCACUGGGAAACCUAUUCCUCACCAGAACUGGUUCUACACCACCACAUCUGCUCCGAGAUCUACUAAUGACCGACGCCCUAGCGGCAGAGCAAGGUGAAACUGUGAUAUAUCUUCUGCGUCUUCUGCUGGGCAGUCCAAAUGGCGUCAACUUGAGAAACUUGGUCUGGCAUGGAUUUUUGAGUGACGAAGAUCUAAGUCCGAUGUACAACAAUUUUCUGCUGCUGAUUAUGACUUCGGUUGGGAACAUUUUGGACAAGCGAAACUAUUCCAUGAAGCAUCGGAGUUGCUCCUUGGAUGCUCAGUUACUGCUCGCCAAGAUUGAAGCUGAAAGUUUUAGCGAAAUUCAGUUCAGAACCUGCCUUGCAAAUGACCGACUUGUAACGGAACUACUGCAAAGACCUAAAUAUUCCCACGCCUUCCGAUAUUCAAAGUCAACUCAACUGAAACAAAAAUGCAUUUUCACCCCACAUUUCCAACAGCUGCCCGGGGGAUUUUAGAUUCAAUUUUCAUCGUAGGGUCUACCUACCUCACGUGCGGCAUAUUGGAAGCAACGAAAAUCGCACCAUUCGUUACUGAUCUAGUUUUUAUAACCCAUCAUCGUCCGGUGGUGGCCGGGUGCGAUCGUGUUGCACCGCGUUAGGUCCGGUCGGUGUGAUGCAAUUUCAAUUACGCUUGGGACAACGAUGGGUAAUAAACCCGAAAGAAUGAUAUAGAACCGCGACAUCAUAUUGAUCGCGCUGGAACAAAGAUUGUUUAUUUUAGUUUCGAAAUCAAGGCGCCGAAUUGGCCGGGUAAGGUUCUGAACUCAGGUGAACCUUAGCUGGAAUGUUCUGAAAUUGAGACACCGUAUUGGCGGCAUACGGCGCCGGACUUGUUUUGCACUCAAUUUGUUUUGACUUCGAGUAAACUGAAAGAAAAGAAUGUGGGGGUAUAAUUUCAACCAACAUCCGCGGCCGGGGGCCGGCUAGGGUUCACUGUGCCCAAGUAAGGUACACUUCAAUAACAAAGCGGGUGCUUUGUUUUGGAGAAUUUGGUGCCAAAUUCCAAAGACGAUGAGGAUGAUGAUGGUGACGAUGAUGAUGAUGGGGAGAAUGAUAAUGACGUCGAUGGUUGGUUCAAUUCUUUCACACACCCAAGCCUUGUAUACGCUCAAGUGAGGCGGGGCUAGAAGAUGUAGGCCUUGGUGUAAAGAUUCUCAGUAGGUUUUGUGCGAACACGCCCAAGUCAGGCGUGGUUAGGAGAUUUAAGUUUUUCGUUGGUAUUAAUAUUCUUGGUAGGGCUUGGGAUACGCCCAAGAUAGAAGAGUCGUGAUGUUUUCAAGAAGAGAAGGAUUUUAAUUACGAUGAUGACAAGUAGGAUAGGUAGAGGUCUAGGUUUUGGACUUAUUAGUAUUUUCAUUUGGUAGGGUUUUGGAUACGCCCAAGUUGGUUCGGGCAUUGUUAGGAAUUAUCAUGCCAUCUUCGGCAAGACGAGAAUGAUCGUAGGAAUUUUAGACACGCCCAAGCUGGUUCGGGUAUUGCUAGGAAAUUUAGGCUAUAAAUACGGAGGCUUUGGCUUCAGUCGGGGAGUCAGUGAAGACAGUUCGUAGAGAACAGUCAGUUGUCGAGAGUUCGGUGACAACGUUAACGCAGGCAGCACAUCGGAUAAGUCUUGAGCUCCCAUGUGGGACACCUCUAGAUACUGUCCAAAUAAAAGCUGUAGGUAGGACGUAGUAGUCGGGUCAAGAAGAAGCUGGAAGUGUCUCUAGUAGUUCGGUGAAGAAAUACAGAUAAUGUUAAGAUGAUAUAAGAAAAAGUGAACCGUUGUAAUAUAAGAUAAGUGAUGGUUUGUGAUACUUCAAUAUAGUUUAUUAAAACUG